UUUAAGCGCGGUUUAAUGUGGGGCCCCUCGUUUUGCCUUCGAUAGAACCCAGAGAAACCAAAAACAUCCUACAAUGCACAUACGGUGGCUUCUAUUUGUGGCCACAGUCGUGGUGGUCUGUUGCUUUACUUCCGCAUCCGGUCCCGGGGAGGAGCUAGCAGUUGGCCAGCCCGACUUCAGCAACAAUUCGACCCAAACGCUGCAUGGACGACGGAAGCGAUACAUAAUUUUCCGCGAGAUUUCCAGAGGAUUUGCUCGGGCCAACGUUAAGGACCGGAUGAUUGAUAUCACCAACAUUUGGGCCCACGCGUACGGCUUCCGGUGGAAUGUGGAAUACAACAAUCCCCCAGGAUUGAUGAUAACCAAGCGUGACUUGCACGAGUCCAUCGGGGAACUGAUUCAAGCUCACGGAUUUGAUGGCCGGGCUUGUAUCCUGAGAACAUUCUGCGAAAUGUCCAAAGUGAUGACUCCGAAAAGUGGAUUUAUGCUCAAGCUGUUCAGGAAGAUUUUCACAAAACCUGCCGCCAUUGAUGAUGAUCCUUCCAUCGGUUCCAACAGCUUGCCGGAGGGUGACGAAAUGUACUUCCCGUAUCUAAAAUCGAGCGACUGCCAAGAAUUAGACGAUCACUGCCCGAUUUCACAGCUGGAAAUCCCUUCAGAGCUGGAACCAGCACCGGAAGACAGCAGCACCUCAUCAUCAGCCAGCGACCGGUGAAAAAGGAUAUCUCUGGAGUGCUCUCUACUAUAUCUUUCCUUACUCCUUAUACUAGCUGUAUGCUUGUCGGUUAACUUCCCCGAUACCAGAACAUCCGACCUUUCUUGCGAUAUACGACUUUGUUCCGGUAGUAUCGUUUAUCAAUUUGCUCUAUUUACACCGGCUCAAAUCUCCCGAUAUGAAGCAUCACUGUCUGUUCCUUGCCUCAUCACGAAACAGAAGAGCCAGUAACCAACCCAAGGGACUGAAAUAAACGGAGAAUCAUCGUCAAUGAUCAAACAAAUUUUGCAGCCGAUGAUUGAAUUUGUUAUGAUUUGUUGCAAUUUGUUAGAGAGAAGUAGAAGGUUUCAAUUAAAAUGAGAGAAACCGGUGCUCAGAGAGAGUGAAAAUGUGCUAAUUGUUGCAAAUGUUGCGAAUUGUUACAAUUUGUUAAGCAGUUGUGGAAUUUGAUCAUUACCAUUCCAAAUGCAAAGAGUUCUCUCUCCACUGCAAUCCCUUGAACCAACCACUAACAUCAUUGUCGUCGUCGUCAUCAUCAUCAUCAUCAUUCUCUACACUAAACAUCUAUCUUCUCGGAAAAGCCAGCGAUGUACAACAACGGCAGCAUAACUUGAUGGAACGGCGAAACGAUGCAUUUAUGGCCCCCUCAUUCGAUAUGGCGAAAGCACCCGUUCAAUCGCUUAUCGAGAAAGUCAAAUCCUGCUGGUUGAUGGAGGCUACGAAGAAGGGCGGAGAAAAUCUUAACCCACUGUUGUGUAUACUCCCACCAAAACUACAUUUUCCCGCCAAAGUAGCUGUGAAUGGACCCGCCGUAAUUGCUGGAAAACAUCCCGAAUGGUUCCGAUAGCUGUUUGUGUUUUUUUUUGUCGUGUCAGGCGAUAGUCAAUCGAACAUUCGAACGUCUAGCUAGUAGUCGUGCUAGUCUCACUUUUUUUAUAGUGCACCAUUGUGUCAAUCAUCAAUUGUAUCGCUUCGAAAGAAUGGCCAAUAAAACAGAUUCACCCUGCAAUUUUCACAUUCGCUAAGGGUGAUUUUCGCCUUUUCCGGUUUACGAUUUAUUGUGAUGGGUGACGAUGGAAUGAAAGCUCA